UGUAUCUACUAACUGGGUGAUUUCUGUCUGCCGGACGUAAGCACUACACGAAGCGAUAAGUUUCGAAGUAUCUGUCCUUACCAAAAUGUCGUUUUCGUGUUUAAAAAUCGCGUUUUUUCUUACUGUUAUUUCCUAUAGUAACGGGUCUGAUGAGAAGCGAAUUCUUCUCAGUGAUCCACAGUACAUACAACAGGAGAUGACCAGAUUCCAGUCCGAGCUUCAGGAGAUGAGAGUCAAGUACAACGAUCUACAGGCCAAGUAUGACGCACAGAAUACCGAGCUGUUGUCUCUUCAGGCCAAGUAUGACGCACAGAAUACCGAUCUGUUGUCUAUUCAGGCCAAGAAUGACGCACAGAAUACCGAUCUGUUGUCUCUUCAGACAACCGUUACAGGACUUCCAGGCGGCAGAGGAGCAGUGUUUACAAGGUGGGGAAGGAAUGACUGUCCCGCCAAUACAACAACCAUGGUUUACUCAGGAUAUGCUGGUGGGUCUUAUUUUACCCACCCUGGAGCGGCAGCAGAAUACGUCUGUAUGCCUACCGAUCCAAUAUGGGGACCCUACAAGGAUUACGUUUACGGCAACGAAAAUGUUGGAUACAUAUAUGGGGCUGAGUACGAAGAACCUGCACAUAUUUUUAGUAUGCCAAAUUCCGCAGAGGACGUACCGUGCUCCGUCUGUCUUGGUUCAUCGCACAGCGCCUCCCUCAUGAUCCCGGGUAGGACACAGUGCUAUCCCGGAUGGACGGAGGCCUAUCAUGGUGAGCUAGCCUCCGGUUACCAUGGCCAUGCUGCAGCCUCGCAGUAUGUCUGUGUUGAUCAAGAUCCACAAACCCUUCCCGCGGGAGGUACCCAUGAUGAGAAUGGUAAAUUAUUCUAUGGUGUCAAAGCUAAAUGUGGAUCAUUACCUUGUCCACCGUAUGAGGACGGGAAAUUCCUCUCGUGUGUUGUGUGUAUGAAGUGAAUAAAGUAUCAACAUGUAUUCAAAUUAUGAAAAUAAAAGAAAGCA